UAAAAAGGUUUUAGAGAAAUUAUUCAAUCUCAAACCAAAACCAGAUAGAUCCGCCUGGAAUGCUAUCACGACUGACCCCGCUUCCCUGAACACCAUCGACGCCGGCUGCAUUGAAUAUCGGAAUCGCCUUAAUUGCAGAAAAUCAGUGUUGAAAGGAGAGUGACUGAGUGUUUGUGCUAACACAGGCAGAAAUUUCCUACCGUCUCUGUCUCUGUUGGACUGCUCUGUUCCGCUACAAACACCAUUUAUCUUAAGCUAAGCUUUUUCAUAAAGUGCUUAAAUGUUUCUUCUGUUGUGGAUUUUAGAAUAUCUUUACUUGUUCCUAGUGGACAAUGCAAGGUUUAAAGAGAAGUAUUUUUCAAAUGGGGAUGUCUACAUUGGUUUUGUCAAGGGAAAACGUAUGCAUGGCAAGGGAAAGUACACAUGGUCAAAUGGAACAAUAUAUGAGGGUGAUUGGGUUGAUGGAAAAAGGACAGGGAAAGGGCGGAUCAUAUAUCCAUCAGGAGCAAGUUUUGAGGGUCAAUUCUUUAGGAAUUCCCGUCAUGGUCGCGGCACUCUUAAAAAAUCCGAUGGGGGUAUCUACGUUGGUAACUUCGAGAGUGAUCUUUUCCAUGGCAAGGGAAAGUACACGUGGUUAAAUGGAACAAUAUAUGAGGGUGAUUGGGUUGAUGGAAAAAGGACAGGGAAAGGGCGGAUCAUAUAUCCAUCAGGAGCAAGUUUUGAGGGUCAAUUCUUUAGGAAUUCCCGUCAUGGUCACGGCACUCUUAAAAAAUCCGAUGGGGGUAUCUACGUUGGUAACUUCGAGAGUGAUCUUUUCCAUGGCAAAGGAAAGUACACAUGGUCACAUGGAACAAUAUACGAUGGUGAUUGGGUUGAUGGAAGAAGGACAGGGAAAGGGCAAAUGAUAUAUCUAUCAGGAACAAGUUUUGAGGGUCAAUUCUUUAGGAAUUCCCGUCAUGGUCAAGGCACCCUUACCAUAUCCAAUGGGCAUGUCUACAUUGGUAACUUCAAGAGUGAUCUUUUCAAUGGCAAGGGAAAGUACACAUGGCCAGAUGGAGAAAUAUACGAGGGUGAUUGGGUUGAUGGAAGAAUGACUGGGAAAGGUCAGAUCAUAUAUCCAUCAGGAUCAACUUUUGAGGGUGAAUUCUCCGGGAAUUCCCGUCAUGGUCACGGCACCCUUAAAAAAUCUGAUGGGGAUAUCUACAUUGGUAACUUCGAGAGUGAUCUUUACCAUGGCAAAGGAAAGUACACAUGGUUAGAUGGAACAAUAUACGAGGGUGAUUGGGUUGAUGGAAGAAGGACAGGGAAAGGACGGAUAAUAUAUCCAUCAGGAGCAAGUUUUGAGGGUGAAUUCUCUAGGAAUUCCUUUCAUGGUCACGGAACUCAUACAAAAUCAAACGGGGAAGUCUACAGUGAUAACACCGAGAGUAAUCUUUUCCAUUCGCAGGGAAAGUAAACUUGGUCAAUUGGAACAAUAUAUGAGGGUAAAUUAUCUGACCCAGAGAUCAUGACGACGUGAAAGGGUGUUCUCGGUUGCUACAGGAGAUGUAGAGUUGUAGAGCUAGGAGUUCAGUAGCUGGUUGUUUUUGGAGUCUGCUUUUCUGUAUUCCUCUGUGUAGACGUUUUACAUCAAGUUGAACUCUAUUCUAAAAUUUCAAUUUUUGAAGUUUAUUUAUUAUUGUCUGGUACCAAUUCUCAAUUUCUCACCUUGUUUAGUGUUAGUGGUGAUAGACAUCUUAUUCACAUUUUGUUUAGUUGAGA